AUGGACCACGUCCGCCGUCAGAGCACGGAGGUGUUCGUUCAGCAUCGAAGAGCUCGCAAGGAGACAUGCGAACGCGCCUUCACUGCGAGCUCUUCGAUGCUUGCUUGUUUGAUUGUGUGUGUUUUUACUGUCAUGGAGGCAACGACCAGCAUUGACAUUAAACUAACAACUCUUCUUGACGUCAAUGCUUUUUUUUCCAAUUGUUAUUAUUAUUAUUUUGUUGUUGAUGUUGCUGAGGAGGAGGAAAGCGAAGCCAACGAAGGCACGAGCCAGCGGGACGCGCUUACUAUUCUAUCUACUUCUCCCUUUGAAGUAAGCCUCCCCGUCUCUGUCUGCUCUACCGCUCUUGUUGCUACCACCGCUUCUGUCAGCUACCAUUUUUCUCCCCCUUUCCAGUUUUCUUUUUUUCAUUUUUCUACUACUACUACUAUUAUUAUUAUCGUUUCUACUUCUUCGCACAGAAGGGUCUUCUUUACGAGGGGGCGGUGGACUUUGUGA